AUGCGAACCCGAUUGGAAUACUACCAAAUCUCUCAGCAAGUCAAACGUCAAAUUGCGCGGUCACAUCUGACGUCCGUCGCCAACGUCAGCCCUAUUGUGUUCAUGCGCCGUGACGGUAACCUCCGGUCGAAGUAUCAUCUUGGAUCAGGGGAGCAAUCGGAUGAGGCGGGCGCCUUGUCAAAGAUCAAGGGACACUCUAGACGAAACGAAGAAGCCCAAGAAGGCCCGACUCUGACAGACUAG